AAUUUUUUUUAAAUUUUAUUUAUUUUUUUGUGUUUCUUUUUCAAUUGAAAAGUUCCUUUUAAAUUAAAUCGCAUCGUUAGCGUAAGCUCUUAAGUUUGAAUAUAAAUGAAAAUUAAUAAAUUGUGUGGUUUACAAAUAUUAAAAUUUGUAAUAUAUACCUACCUACCUACCUACCUACCUACCUGUUCAUAUUCAUCUAUGUGUAUAUAUUCAUAAAAUUAUUACAACAUGAAUUACCAUAAUACAACGUCAGGUUUUGAUAUUGCGACAGAGUUAGCUUAUUUGGCUAUAGAUGAAUUUAAAGUGCACUUUAUAAGCAGGAAUUUCACAGGAUUAAUACAACGUUAUUACUACUUUAUAGAGGAUGAAUAUGGCGAUCCUAGAGCGAACCGCUUCCCUUUAAUGGACCAUCCGCUCUACACGGUUGCUUUGGUUAUCAUGUAUUUAGCCUGGAUUCUUGUAUUGGGCCCUUUAUAUAUGCAAAACCGUAAACCUUUUCAAUUAAAACGCACCCUUAUUGUUUAUAACGCCCUGCAGGUGGCGCUAAGUGCGUAUAUGUUUUAUGAGCAUUUAAUGGCCGGUUGGCUUAAUUAUUAUAAUCUAAAAUGUCAACCAGUAGAUUACUCAGAUGGUCCCAUGUCAAAACGGAUGUUAAAUCUAUGUUAUGUUUACUAUAUUUCAAAAUUAACCGAAUUCGUCGACACGGUAUUCUUUGUGCUGCGUAAGAAAACUUCACAAAUCACUUGGCUGCAUGUUUAUCAUCAUUCAUUGACACCAUUAGAGACAUGGGUCUUAGUUAAAUUCAUAGCCGGUGGCAAUGCAACAUUUCCAAAUAUUUUAAAUAAUUUUGUACAUGUAUGCAUGUAUUUUUAUUACAUGAUGUCGGCCUUGGGUCCUGAAUAUGCAAAAUAUUUAUGGUGGAAAAAAUAUAUGACAGAAUUGCAAAUCGCACAAUUUGUUCUAUGCAUUGUGCACACUGCACGUGCGCUAUUCAGCCAGCAGUGUCAAUUUUCCAAAUUCAUUUCGGCUUUUCUUUUAUUGAAUGCCAGCAUUUUCUUCUGUCUAUUCAUGAAUUUCUAUAUACAAGCGUAUAAGAAGAAAGGUAAAGGCAAACAAUCAAACAAUCAAGCAGCAAUAAUUACUACGGACCAAAGAAAUUAUUUUAUGCAACAAAAGAAAUUCAUUGAAAUGAAUAACAAUAAUAAUAACGAAGAAGUGAUACCGGUAUUGAAAGAGAAAAUCUAUUAAAUUUUCAUGAAAUUUAUAACAUCUAAGAAUAGAUUAUUCCGGGGACCAAAAAUGUUGUAAAUUCAAUUCAAAAAAAAAAAACAAAAAAAAACAAAUCCAUUUUAACUUUAAAAUGGUAAGAAUCUCUUGUAAUGAGAUUCUCUUGUAUAUGAUGUACAAAAAUAUGUAUGUUUUAAAUAUUAAUAUUAAGUUUAUUUAGUAAAUAUUUCAAUUCAUUAGUAUUUAUUAACAAAUAAGAAAUAUAAGUUCGCCUUCAAGCGAGUCAAGCGAGACCCUUUGUCUGAAGUCAAUAUUAUAGGUUGAGCACAAGCAUCUGUGGAUCGAUUGAGGCUAUCCUUGUAAAUAAUAUUUACAUAAUAUUACAUAAGUCACAUGCGACAUUUUAAAUCCACACUUAUUACAAAAUGCAAGCAAAAUGACAAUAAUUUUUUAAAAAUUCUGAACGUCUGAACGCCUUUUAUCUAAAUAUUUUUACUAUUGGAAAAAUCGAAAUAUUGAAAACUUGAAUUAGAGUAGAGAGUAAAGCUACUAGCACUUAUGUAGAUAAACAAAAUUAUCAAAGGUGUAAAACAAUGAAUGGAUAGAUGUAUAAACGACAAACGAAACGUCUAGGCCGACAUAUGCAUGAAACACUGGACGAAGAGGCAACUUGUACAUCUGAAAGAGCAAAAAAGAUGGAUGUUAUAGAGGAAACAACAACAGGGCAGAUGUAUGAAAAGAUCAGAUGGAUUAGACCGAAUGACUAAAGAGUCUAGAGGCGAACAAAUCAAUUAAGUGGAUAAACGAACGAACAGUCUACGUAGAUGAUCAAAUCAAUAUACGUGCAAGAAACGAAUAAACAAAUUUUGACGAGCCAUCUUGACGUAUAGAUAGAAAAAAGGAUAAGUAAAUCUAUCCAUGAGCUAACGAGUUCAUACAGAAGACAGAGAAGCAUUCCGGUAAAUAAGGCUACUCCAACUCAACUCCAUUCAAACACACAUUUAUUUGUAUUCUCUGUAAAGACUGUACCUUGUAUUAUUUGGUAUUACAAACUGAAUGACUAAGCAUGCUUCUGCAGUGGCUAUAAAAAUUUGCAAAAAAUGCAAUAAAGAAUGGAUAAAGAGAUUUGUGUAAAAUGCAAUUUUAUACACAAAAAUUAUUGUAAAUAUUUAGUUAAAUAAUAACCUAAACGUUAUUGCACACAAAACAGAGAGGAAUAAAGAAAUCAUAAACUUAAACUAGUCUUAGUAAUCAAUCGCAGAUAUAAUAAUUGUAUAUAUAUAUAUCGAAUUUAAAUAU